AUGAACUCUUCAAAUGAACCACCCUCUAGCUUCAUUAGCGAAAGACUGGAUGACAUGCUCUCCACGCCUUUUUGCUCGCAUAUUAUCCAUUAUGACCCCCCAAGGGGAUUCCUCGUGCCAAAAUUUUCCGCAUAUGAUGGGUCUAACGACCCCUUCGACCAUAUCAUGCAUUAUCGACAGCUCAUGACUCUCAACAUAGGAAACGACGCGUUGCUAUGCAAGGUGUUCCCCGCCAGCCUACAAGGUCAGGCUCUCUCAUGGUUUCACCAAUUACCCCCGAACUCUGUUGAUAACUUCAAGGACCUAUCAAAAGCUUUUGUGGGGCAAUACUUGUGCUCCGCUCGGCAUAAACAGAACAUCAGCACCCUACAAAACAUAAAAAUGCAGGAGAAUGAGUCUUUAAGAGAAUUCGUGAAACGGUUUGGUCAGGUUGUGUUACAAGUGGAGGCUUACAACAUGAAUGUUGUCCUCCAAAUCUUCAAACGAAGCAUAUGCCCAGGCACUCCAUUCUUUGAAUCACUCGUUAAAAAGCCUCCCACAACAAUGGAUGACUUGUUCCGGCGCACGAGCAAAUACUCAAUGCUGGAAGAUGAUGUGUGUGCGGCCACCCAACAAAUUUUGGUUGCCGGACAGACUUCUAGAAGCGACGCGGAAAGGAGUUCCAAACUUCCGGAUCGGCCAAGGCCGUCUGGUCGAAGGCAGGAGGAGCAAAGUCGUCCAGAACUGCCACCACUCACGCCCCUUUCCAUAUCGUAUGAAAAGCUCCUCCCUAUGAUCCAAGACCUAUCUGACUUCAGGUGGCUCGGACCCAUCAGAACGGACCCAUCCAAGAGAGACCAUAGUAAGAAGUGUGCUUACCAUAAAGAACAUGGUCACACUAUAGAGCGAUGCAGGAGCCUCCAUUAUUUGGUAGAAAGGCUCAUAAAAGCAGACCAUUUGAAGCAAUACCUCCGCUCAGAAGCCAGAGUUGGAGAUAUUCCCCGAAACCGCGACUCUAGGACCCUAGUCACCCCCAAAGCCAUCAUUAAUUACAUCUACGGAGGACAACUGGAUGAGGAGUACAACUCCAAACGAAAGAGGUAG